AUGGACGCUCAUCAGGAAGUCAAUAGUUACAAACUUUCUCCAUACUUCCAAUUCUUAACGUUUGUUUUGGAGAACUGGAUUGUGCUUUUCACUACUUUCCUCGUACUGUUUCUAACAACAUCUAUCUUCAACAAGUUCAUCUCACCUCUUCUUCACGAAAAAUAUAAAGAAUGGCUAGACUACCAUGAGACGUUAACGGCUAUGAAAACUGCAUUAGAAGCGGAUUAUGAGGAUUUGUGGAGAAAUCCUGAGUUCUGUCUGAUUUUCAUCAAACUCUAUGACGAAUACCAAGUACUAUUGAAUGAAGCUCGAAGCGAUCCGGAAGGAAGAAUGAGGAGAUACUCAAGUUUUAACAAAUACCAAAUGUUGAAUCUCAAAGAAUAA